GCCUGAGGUUGGCCCUGGGGGUGGCACCAUGAGCUGAGUAGGACGCCUGCAGAGUGAGGACCCUUCCUGCUCCCAGAGGGACUAUGUCUGUGCAGGGCCCCCCGAGGAGGCUGCUGGGCUCCCUCAACUCCACCCCCGCAGCCACCCCCCUCCUCAGGCUGGCCACCAACCAGACGGGGCCCAGGUGCCUGGAGGUGUCCAUUCCUGACGGGCUUUUCCUCAGCCUGGGGCUGGUGAGCCUGGUGGAGAAUGUGCUGGUGGUGGCCGCCAUCGCCAAGAACCGCAACCUGCACUCUCCCAUGUACUGCUUCAUCUGCUGCCUGGCCGUGUCCGACCUGCUGGUGAGCAUGAGCAACGUGCUGGAGACAGCUGUCCUGCUGCUGCUGGAGGCCGGCACCCUGGCCACCCGGGCCUCGGUGGUGCAGCAGCUGGACAAUGUCAUUGACGCGCUCACCUGCGGCUCCAUGGUGUCCAGCCUCUGCUUCCUGGGCGCCAUCGCCGUGGACCGCUACAUCUCCAUCUUCUAUGCGCUGCGGUACCACAGCAUCGUGACACUGCCCCGGGCGUGGCAUGUCAUCACGGCCAUCUGGGUGGCUAGUGUCCUCUCCAGCACCCUCUUCAUCGCUUACCACAACCACACAGCCGUUCUGCUCUGUCUUGUCAGCUUCUUUGUGGCCAUGCUGGCGCUCAUGGCAGUGCUGUACGUGCACAUGCUCACCCGGGCGUGCCAGCAUGCCCAGGGAAUCGCUCGGCUCCACAAGAGGCAGCACCCCCUGCACCAGGGCUUUGGCCUCAAGGGCGCUGCCACCCUCACCAUCCUGCUGGGCAUUUUCUUCCUCUGCUGGGGCCCCUUCUUCCUGCACCUCUCACUCAUCAUCCUCUGCCCUCAACACCCCACCUGUGGCUGCGUCUUCAAGAACUUCAACCUCUUCCUCACCCUCAUCAUCUGCAAUGCCAUCGUUGACCCCCUCAUCUACGCCUUCCGCAGCCAGGAGCUUCGAAAGACACUCCAAGAGGUGCUACUCUGCUCCCCAGUCCCCACUCCACGCACACUGGCAGCUCCAGCCCUGACUGCUGGCCUCCGGGCUGGGAGCCGGUUCCCGGCAGGGCCAGACUUUGCUGGGAGACAGGACGAGCGGGCGGCGGGGGCUGCCGACCCUCCGCAGCGAGCCCCGGCCAGUCCGCGCGAGUCCCGCAGCCGCCCGCCACCCGCACCGAGCAUGAGGGAGAUCGUGCACAUCCAGGCCGGCCAGUGCGGCAACCAGAUCGGGGCCAAGUUCUGGGAGGUCAUCAGCGAUGAGCACGGCAUAGACCCCAGUGGCAACUAUGUGGGGGACUCGGACCUGCAGCUGGAGCGCAUCAGCGUCUACUACAAUGAGGCCUCUUCUCACAAGUAUGUGCCUCGGGCCAUCCUGGUGGACCUGGAGCCUGGAACCAUGGACAGCGUCCGGUCUGGGGCCUUCGGGCACCUCUUCAGGCCUGACAACUUCAUCUUUGGUCAGAGUGGGGCCGGCAACAACUGGGCCAAGGGCCACUACACGGAGGGCGCCGAGCUGGUGGACUCGGUCCUGGACGUGGUGCGGAAGGAGUGUGAGAAUUGCGACUGUCUGCAGGGCUUCCAGCUGACCCACUCACUGGGCGGGGGCACGGGAUCCGGGAUGGGCACACUGCUCAUCAGCAAGGUGCGUGAGGAGUACCCCGACCGCAUCAUGAACACCUUCAGCGUGGUACCCUCACCCAAGGUGUCGGACACAGUGGUCGAGCCCUACAACGCCACGCUGUCCAUCCACCAGCUGGUGGAGAACACGGACGAGACCUACUGCAUUGACAACGAGGCCCUCUACGACAUCUGCUUCCGCACCCUCAAGCUGGCCACGCCCACCUACGGGGACCUCAACCACCUGGUGUCGGCCACCAUGAGCGGGGUCACCACUUCCCUCCGCUUCCCUGGCCAGCUCAAUGCUGACCUCCGCAAGCUGGCCGUGAACAUGGUGCCCUUCCCCCGCCUGCACUUCUUCAUGCCCGGCUUCGCCCCACUCACCGCCCGUGGCAGCCAGCAGUACCGGGCCCUGACGGUGCCCGAGCUCACCCAACAGAUGUUUGAUGCCAAGAACAUGAUGGCUGCCUGCGACCCCCGCCACGGCCGCUACCUGACCGUGGCCACUGUCUUCCGCGGGCGCAUGUCCAUGAAGGAGGUGGACGAGCAGAUGCUGGCCAUCCAGAGCAAGAACAGCAGCUACUUCGUGGAGUGGAUCCCCAACAAUGUGAAGGUGGCCGUGUGCGACAUCCCACCCCGCGGGCUCAAGAUGUCCUCCACCUUCAUCGGCAACAGCACGGCCAUCCAGGAGCUGUUCAAGCGCAUCUCGGAGCAGUUCACGGCCAUGUUCCGGCGCAAGGCCUUCCUGCACUGGUACACGGGCGAGGGCAUGGACGAGAUGGAGUUCACCGAGGCCGAGAGCAACAUGAACGACCUGGUGUCCGAGUACCAGCAGUACCAGGACGCCACGGCCGAGGAGGAGGGCGAGAUGUACGAAGACGAUGAGGAGGAAUCCGAGGCCCAGGGCCCCAAGUGAAGCAGCUGGAGGGGUGUGGCCAGGGCCAAGAGGUCUGUCCCCCAGAGCCAUGGAGCCACUGACACCGCCCCCUGCCUUGCCCCCACCAGGUCCAGUCACAUCACCCUGGGCUCCCGAGUGUUGUCCUCUGGUGUUCACGGCAUCCCCACCCCACGGGAGUCCACCUGGCUCUGUCGUCCCAUCAUCUCUGUUUUUGUGUCUCUCAUUUGUCUCUCUGCUUUAUUGUCAACUCCAGGCCUGAUGUUUUACGGUUUGUUUUGUUUUUUUACUAUUUGUGUUUAUAUUUUGUGGGGAUACUUAAUAAAUUUAUUGCUGUCAGAUA